CUUUGACCGUCACUUGUCUUUAGUUGGUGUUCAGUUGUUCAUUUUGCAAGACCGAAUUUGUAUUUCAAGUAAUUAAUUUCAGAUCAUGACUGAAGAGGCUUUUGAUGUGAUGGUGGUUGGCUCCUGUAUGACUGACUUGGUCAGCCAGGCAACAAGGCUACCCAAAGCAGGGGAAACCAUCCAUGGUCACAAGUUCUUCAUCGGCUUUGGAGGAAAAGGGGCAAACCAGUGCAUACAGGCUGCCAGACUGGGGGCCAAAACCGCUAUGGUCUGCAAGGUUGGUAAAGACUUCUUUGGAGACAAUUACAUCCAGAAUUUCAAGGACAAUGAUGUACACACAGACUUUGUAGGGCAGACCUCUGACGCAGCCACAGGAACUGCUUCCAUCAUUGUCAACGAUGCAGGUGAAAAUGCCAUUGUGAUUGUGGCUGGUGCCAACAUGUUGCUGGGCAGUGAGGAGCUGCAGAAAGCUCUUCCAGCCAUCAGUCAUGCAAAAGUGCUAGUCUGCCAACUGGAGAUCAGUCCACAGACAUCCUUGCGGGCACUACGCAUGGCUCAGGAGAACAAAGUAAAGACAAUAUUCAACCCAGCGCCGGCCAUUCCUGACUUGGAUCCAGAAUUCUACAGAGUCUCUGAUGUGUUUUCCUGUAAUGAGUCUGAGGCUGAGCUGCUGACUGGUUCCUCUGUAACUACUGUGGAGGAAGCACAUCGGGCCGGUCAGGAGCUGCUGAAGCGAGGCUGUGGGUCGGUUAUAAUCACUUUGGGACCUCAAGGCUGUGUGGUGCUCAAGGCACAGGAGUCAACCCCAAAACAUGUUCCAACUACCGCGGUCACAGCACUUGACACUACGAGGAGUCGUCCACGGCUGUUUGCAAGUCUUACGGGAAGCUUCCGGAAUGGAAGCCACUAUGAGUCAUCACUGCCCCUCAGUUGGUCUUUGCUCUCCCCAGGGUGCCUUUCAUUGACAAAGGCUGUACGCUUCAGGAGUUAGCUACACAUAGCUCCAUCUGACAUACCAGGAUAGAAGUCAAGAUCACAGGAGGCCUCUGGGUGAGAAAGACAGUCACAGGUUCUUGAGGCUCGAAAGGUUCAGUGGGUGCAGCUCAUUACAACAUAAAAGAUAUGAAAUGUGGAGCUGUUUCAUAGAUCUAAAUUAU